AUGUCAUUGGAUCCCAUACAGAUCGGCUAUAUGCCUCCCGCAGACAAGGUUACUGCCGACAAUGUCAUUAACCUUGUCAUGUACGGACAGACAAAGGCAUACGACUUUGUAGUCUCGCCCAUCAACAGCCCCAACUACUCGCGCGUGCUCUUUCCUGGUGAAGGCUCCCAGAGCCCUGCCUUGAUCGCCUGGAGAGCAGGACAGGAGGCGUUUAAGCCCGAGGACCUUGUUUUGCGCACUGCUGACCGUACCGACUACAUUGUGGGCACACUUUCAGACUGGCAGGACUUUGAUUCGCCGGACGCCAGAGUGCGACUUCACUCUGAACUGGCUUUGAAGCAACAGUUUAACUGGGCAGCACAUCUGGGACUAGGAGGUGUCAUGCUCCCUUACCCACCCUCAACACAGCCCCUCGCCAACUACGGACGCGUCUUGACAGGAUCCUUGUCUAUGCUCGCUUACACAUCCUGCUGGUUCAAGGUGCCUUGUAUGGACGAAAUCCUUGAGGCGGACGUAUCAGAGGACCUUCAGGGCAUGGAGAGCUGGGAGCGCUGGAACAGUUUGAGAAACAUGGCAGGAUCAGAGUCAAAGCUCGGGAUCGCCUUGGAGCUGUCGGGCGCGGUUCCCUCUGACCAAGUGCUGGAUCGUUGGUUCGCUGAACCCGUCAAGGCGAUUAUUUUGUCAGAGGAUAUCUUCCUCACCAAUAGCAAAGGAUACCCAGUUCUGAGCAAGCGCCACCAACAUGUUGUCAGGAAGUUCAUGAAGUACAAGCCGGCGUUCAUUCUUUCGUCGUCAUCGCUGCCAAAACUGGUCCUGGACGAGUUCUCUGAUGACAGUUUGGAGCAGAGCCUGGCAUCACCUCAUGCGGACUAUAUUCGAUACCUUCACCGCACACAGGAAGCACCAGGAGUCAUUGACCAGUUUGCGACCGGAUACCAGGACUACCUGCAGGCACCGUUGCAACCUCUUCAGGAUAACCUCGAGUCGAGCACCUACGAGACAUUCGAGAAGGAUCCUAUCAAGUAUCAGCAAUACGAGCUGGCAGUGGAGAGAGCAUUACUGGAUCGACCUGUGCCAACAGAUGGCAAACCAGAUGUCACUGUGAUCAUGGUCGUUGGGGCAGGGCGUGGACCCCUGGUGAAUUGCUCUCUCAGGGCAGCAGACAAGGCUGGGCGUAAUGUCAGAGUCUAUGCUGUCGAGAAGAACCCCAACGCAUUCGUCACAAUUCAAAAUAUGAAGGCGAACCUCUGGGGCGAUCGAGUUACCAUUGUGUUCUCGGACAUGCGGACAUGGAAGGCACCCGAGAAGGCAGAUAUUCUUGUGAGCGAGCUGCUAGGAUCGUUUGGCGACAAUGAGCUCUCGCCAGAGUGUUUGGACGGCGCGCAAAAGUUCUUGAAACCCGAUGGUAUCUCGAUCCCCGCAGACUACACAGCAUUUGUUGCGCCCAUGGCCUCGAACAAGUUGCACGCGGAUGUGUCGGCAUUUAAGGAUCUGGCGCACUUUGAGACCUCAUAUGUUGUGAUGUUCAAGGCGAUCUCAUUGCUGGCUCAGCCCAAGCCCAUCUGGGCCUUUGAACACCCCAACUGGGCGGACAUUCCCAUGGGUCAAGAUCCACUGAGCAAUCACCAUAACAUUCGGUCAGGAUCUAUCGAGUUCACAUCAGAGACCAGCGGGAUGCUUCACGGAGUAGCGGGAUACUUUGAAUCUGUCCUGUACAAGGACGUCAUGCUCAGUAUCAACCCUGUGACCCAUUCUCCAGGAAUGUUCAGUUGGUUCCCUAUCUACUUCCCAGUGAAGACGCCCCUCUACAUCCCCACAGGAGCUAAGGUGGUGCUGGACUUUUGGAGACUGACGGAUGUGCGCAAGGUGUGGUAUGAGUGGAGGGUGCGGUGUAGCGUUGACGGCGUAGGUGAGAUCAGCUCGACGGUGUUGCAUAAUGUUGGUGGACGAUCCAGCAGCAUCGGCCUUUAUUGA